GGGCGCGGGGCGGGCGCGGGGCCGUGCGUUACCCGCCGUCCGUUACCCGACGGCCCCGGCCCCCACCGGCCCCGGCACCACCAUCCCGGUCCCAAUGGACGACGCGGAGCUGCAGCUCGUCCCGGAGCCGGCCGACAUGGCUUAUUUCGGCCCCACCUCCCUCACCUACCUCCCCGUCCUGCAGUGGCUAGCUGAUAAUUUCUAUUUGUGUGGAGGAUGCACUGUACCCUGUCGGCUACUAUAUGAGCUGUAUAUUGAAACCCGCAAUCCUGAUUUCAAGAUUCAAGUACAUCUAUCCACCUUUGGAAAGCUUAUUCAGUUAGUUUUCCCAGGCCUGGUGACAAGAAAGCGGACCACAGCAGGGAGUAUCAGAUAUCAUUAUGAUGGAAUAGCUAUCAAGAAGGAGUCUUCCUUUUAUGCACGUUUUUGCUGUCUUCUGUAUGAACAAAAUUAUCUCAGGCACUGCUCUCUGGGGGAAGUGAACAUCUCUGAUGUGCAGCCAAGCACCAGUAGAGGUUCCUGGAGUUCUGAAAAUGCAGCUGAUUACAAGAAGAAUAGACAAAAAAAAGGAACAAAUAAGAAUUUGCAGUAUUAUCCAUCUGUCAUUUAUCUGAAGACUGAACAAGAGACAUUUCAUUACCUUUCUCCUGAUUUCAACCAGUUCUUCUUUGGAGAACAAGCACAAAGUGAGACAUACCCCUAUGAACUGAUUGCGCUGCUUGCCAAUGACUACUACAACUAUUGUCAAGUUGUUUUACAAAUGGUGAGAGAGAUGAAGCUUGACAAGGUGGAAGAUUGUAUCAUGUCAUUCUGGACAUCUCUGCAGCCUGAAAGAAUAGAACUGAUGUGCCUGCCAGAUGUGUGCCAGCUGUUAAAAAGCUAUGAUAGAUAUCUAUUCAAGGAAUUGGAGAACAUCCUACUUCCUGAUUUCCUGGAGGAGGUGCCUGCACAACACAUAGACUCAAUCAGAUCAUUCAGUGAAAAUGUUAAAUGUUGGAUGCUUAAUCCUUUGGGAGGUUUUCCAUUACUGCUCCAAACAUCCAAGUCUAAUGAAGCUAAAGAGUUUGUAAAAAGGCUCAGGAGACAGACAGACCUUUGCAACAUGGUCAAGACAGUAAGAGCACUCUUGAACAACAACAGCACAGUCACUGUUCUGCGAUCAGGCUUGCAUGCCAUCUUCAAUGAGAAAUCUCUGGAUGUGACUAAAGACCUCUUUCAAGAGAAGUCUAGGAAUCCAAAGAAGCGGCAGAAAAACAUACAGUUAAAAUGUUUGAAAAACUUCAUUUCUUCACUGGCAUCUUCCACAGAUAUUCAGGAUCUCCUGAGCUGUUUGUCCUCAGAUCUCCAGACUUUUGUUAUUAAGCCAAGCAAGAGUAAAGAGGCAUUUAAAGAGCAGGCAUCAGAUUUCAUGUUGAAAUGGAGCCUCCUCCUGAGCAAUGUAGGCAAGAUUCUGACCAUCAACAGGACAGACAGUUUUGGUUCCUGGCUUUUGCUGAAUAUGCUACUUGUUGAUUUUGCGGCUCACACUUUCCAGUCCUAUAUAGAAGAGGAGAAGGAAGAAGGAAAUGCCUUGGUUGCAAAGCAAAAUGAGGUCCCUGUUCUGUGUGUUUACGAGCCCAGCCACCUCUCAGCCUGUUUUGCUGAGGAGGAACCUCAAGCCAAUGCUCCACAGACAGCUCUUGUGAUGCAGAACCAGAAUAACUUCGGAUUAAGCAAUGCUUUCCAGAGUUCUGAGUUGUUUGGUGAACACAGCCACUGUCAGCAAGCACAUCCAGGUAAUUUAGGAAGAGAAAAUUAUUAUAUCAUGUACUAAGUUGGAUCUUCAAGUUGGAAAGGAAACAUUUCUUACUCAAAAAGAUGAAAUUAUAUUUCUUUGCCUCCAAUGAACAGCAAAUCUUCAGAGAAAAGCAUCCUGGCUGUAGCAUUCUAUAUAUGAUAUGCCAUUCUUACUUUUUGAUAAAAGUUUAAGAAAUACUGUUUUCAUUCUCUUAAACUUAAGAUCUCUUUUUUUUGAAAAUACGAAAUGCAAAACUGGGCUAGCAAUGCAAUUGUUUUAAGUUGUCAUGUGAUUUGAUUUAGAUUAUUUGAAUAAAUCUUCAGGAGAUAAAGGUGAA